UCUUUCAUCCUUGACGGUUUAAAUCUGAGAGUCUCCCUCAGCAUUCUUGAUGGAGAGAUUCAAUUCUAACAAGGGGGGGCACAUCAACUCUGCCUAUGAUUCCAACCUGGAUGAACCUCCAGUUUAUGAGGAGACCAACGAUGACCACAGGACAGUGCGACCCUCCGUGAUCAGCGCCUUCGGUCAUGACACUCUGGACCGCGUGCCCCACAUUGACUUCUACCGCAAUGCAGGCAGCAUGAGUGGCCACAGAGCUGUGCGACCGUCCCUGCAGGAGCUCCAUGAUGUGUUUCAGAAGGACGAUGGCGAGAGGAGCAGUGGAACCCCCUCUGACGAUUUAGAGUCUGCUGCUCCCACUGACGAUAUGAAGGGCAUGGUAAAGUUUGGCUGGAUAAGAGGAGUCCUGGUGAGAUGCAUGCUCAACAUCUGGGGUGUCAUGUUGUUCAUCCGUCUGUCCUGGGUUUUUGGUCAAGCAGGCUGGGGUCUGGGAAUUGUGAUCAUUGCGCUCAGCUGUGUGGUCACCACCAUCACUGGCAUUUCCAUGUCGGCUAUUUGUACUAAUGGUGUGGUGAGAGGAGGAGGUGCCUACUACAUGAUAUCUCGCAGUUUGGGACCAGAGUUCGGUGGUUCGAUUGGUCUUAUUUUUGCAUUUGCCAAUGCAGUGGGCGUAUCCAUGUAUGUGGUGGGAUUUGCUGAGACAGUGGUCGACUUGCUCAAGGAGAACUCUGCUAUCAUGGUGGAUGAAAUGAACGACAUCAGGAUCAUUGGCUGUAUUACUAUUGUGCUGCUCUUGGGUAUAUCAGUUGCUGGGAUGGAAUGGGAGGCAAAGGCGCAAAUUAUUCUUCUGGUUAUCCUGCUGGUGGCCAUAGUGAAUGUUUUUGUAGGAACAGUCAUUCCUGCAACCAACGAAAAGAAAGCCCAGGGGUUUUUCAAUUACAGAUCCAAAAUCUUCUUAGAGAAUUUUACUCCAGCAUUUAGGGACAGUGAGACAUUUUUUUCAGUAUUUGCCAUCUUUUUUCCCGCGGCAACUGGGAUCCUGGCUGGAGCUAACAUCUCUGGAGACUUGCGGGAUGCCCAAGCUGCACUACCCAAAGGUACCUUGUUAGCCAUCCUGAUCACUGGUCUCACCUAUCUGGCUAUGGCUCUUUGUGUCGCUGCUACUGUUGUCCGUGAUGCCACAGGCAACUCAUCCAGCAUCAUAAAUCACACAACACCAGUAAUUUGCAACGGUUCAACAGCGGUUGCUUGUGAACUCGGCUACGAUUUUUCUUCCUGUGAAGUAGAGAAAUGCAAGUUUGGCUUGAUGAAUAACUUCCAGGUCAUGACCUUGGUGUCUGGGUUUGGUCCUCUCAUUAUUGCUGGAACAUUUUCAGCCACCCUGUCAUCAGCCCUGGCUUCCCUUGUCAGUGCGCCUAAAGUCUUCCAGGCACUGUGUAAAGACAACAUCUACAGGGCCCUGCACUUCUUUGCCAAAGGACACGGCAAAAACAACGAGCCAAUCCGUGGUUAUGUCCUCACAUUUAUCAUUUCUGUUGCUUUCAUUCUCAUCGGUGACCUCAACACAAUCGCUCCUAUCAUCUCAAACUUCUUCCUCGCAUCUUAUGCCCUCAUCAAUUUCUCCUGCUUCCAUGCAUCUUAUGCCAAAUCUCCAGGUUGGAGACCGGCAUAUAAAUACUAUAACAUGUGGCUGUCCCUGAUGGGAGCAUUGCUCUGUUGCGUUGUUAUGUUUGUUAUCAACUGGUGGGCUGCUCUGCUCACAUAUGGCAUUGAAUUCCUCCUCUACAUAUAUGUCACAGUGAAGAAGCCCGAUGUAAACUGGGGUUCGUCCACGCAAGCGGUGACGUUUGUGAGUGCAGUCAGCAAUGCUCUAUCUCUGUCAGGCGUGGAGGAUCACGUCAAGAACUUCAGGCCUCAGAUCUUAGCUCUGACGGGUUCAACACGAAGCAGGCCGGCUCUCCUUGAUCUGGCUCACUCCUUCUCUAAGAACUAUGGACUAUGCAUCACCUGCGAAGUGUUUGUGGGCCCCAGAUCAGAGACCGUUGACGAGAUGAACAAUGCAAUGGAGAAGAACCAGUUGUGGCUUAAGAACAAAAAACGCAAGGCAUUUUACGCUGCCGUGGCCUGUGACAACUUCAGAGAAGGGGCUGAGAGUCUGCUGCAGGCUUCUGGUCUUGGCCGUAUGAAGCCUAACACAUUAAUGAUAGGCUUCAAGAAAAACUGGAGGACUGCCGGGGCAGAAGCAGUUCAGAGUUACGUGGGAAUACUUCACGAUGCAUUUGACUUUGAAUACGGGACCGCAAUGCUGAGGGUGAACCAGGGACUGGAUGUGUCUCACAUUGUCGAGGCAGAAGAGGAGAUGCUAAGGGCAGCAAAGGAGCAAGAGGCUCUGGAGAAUGAGAUGAUGCCAAAUGGAGGGAAGGGAAAAGGACUAUUCAGGAAAUCCAGGAAGUCAUCUCAGCAAGUGCUCACGACCAGAGUGUCGGUGUGUGGCUCUCCACCGCCACAGGUUGCCAAAAUGAAUGAGAAGCUGGUGGAAGCCAGUCUUCAGUUCAAGAAGAAACAGCCCAAAGGCACCAUUGAUGUGUGGUGGCUGUUUGAUGACGGAGGUCUUACACUGCUCCUCCCCUACAUCCUCACUACCAGGAAGAAGUGGAAAGACUGCAAAAUGAGGAUCUUCAUGGCAGGACAGCCUGGACGCAGUGAUCUGGAUAAGGAGGAGAUGAAGGGCUUGCUGAAGAAGUUUAGAAUCAACUGCAGUGACAUUAAUGUCUUUGAUGACCUACAUAUCAAGCCCAGGUCUGAAAGCUUGAAGGAGUUACAGGAGAUGAUUGAGCCUUUCCGUCUGCAUGAAGGGUCCAAAGACGCUGAUCAGAUUAGAGCCUUGCAGAAAGAGCAGCCCUGGAAGGUCACCGACAAAGAGCUAAGCGAGUUUGAGGAGAAGACACACCUCCAGGUACGACUGAAUGAGCUCCUCAAGGAACACUCCAGAUCAGCCAAUUUAAUCAUUGUGAGCAUGCCCAUAGCUCGUAAAGAAACGAUCUCUGAUUUCCUCUACAUGGCCUGGCUGGACAUCCUGACAAAGGACCUUCCACCCACCCUGCUCAUUAGAGGCAACCACAAGAGCGUGCUAACUUUCUACUCUUGAGCACUCUCCCUGCCAACAAUCCGAGUGUGAUAUAGCUAGAAAGGAAAAGGAAUGGUGUUGCCAUAAUGACAAGCCAUGUUUAAAUAAAAUGUACAAGAAUAUUUAGUCUUCCAGGCCAGCAGAAAAGUGUAACACA